AUGAAAUCGCCAAAGAGCCAACAUCAGCUCCUUGAAGCGGAGAAGGUCUUAUCUUCACUAAUGGAAUUGAUACCUAAAGUUUUAGCCUUUAAAGGAAAAUGGGCAGUGAUCAUAACCAAACUUACCAACCUCCCAACUCAUCUCGCAGGCCUCUCUGAGUUAUCCAACUUUUCAUCAUCCACUUCACUCGUUUCAGAACUCGUUCAUUCCGUCGUUCAGACCCUUUUGGACACUUCGGCUCUCGCUACAAAAUGCAUGAACCCGAGCCCUUCAGACGGCAAGCUCAGAACCCAGAGCGAUCUCGACUCGGUAUCGGCAAGGCUUGACCACCACAUCAAAGACUUGGGGAUUUUCAUGAAUUCUCUUGCACUUCGGAAAGAGGGUAAUGCUGUGGAUGGUAGGUCAGAGUCGGUGAGUUCUAUAAUGGACUCUGUCCGAGUCGAGGCGAGUAAUUUGCUGAUGACUCGUUUGCAGAUUGGGAACUUCGAGUCCAGAGACUCAGCCAUGGACUCCUUGCUGGGUUACCUCUACGAGGACGAUAAGAGCGUUUUGACGGCCGUGGCUGAAGGUUUUGUGCCUGUGCUUGUCAAUUUGCUCGAUUCGAGCUCAGUGGAAAUUAAGGAGAAAGCGGUCUCAGCAAUUUCAAGGGUUUCAACCGUGGAUGGUGCCAACCAUGUCUUGUUAGCAGAAGGGCCUUUGUUAAUCACUCAUUUGCUUAGAGUUCUUGAUUCCAGAAAUGGGUUCGCUAGAGAGAAAGCUUGUAUUGCUCUUAAAGCUCUUAGCUUUUCUGAAGAGAAUGCCAGAAUGAUUGGGUGCAGCGGUGGAAUAGCCUCACUUCUGGAGAUUUGUCAAGCUGGGUCAACCUAUGCACAGGCUUAUGCAGUUGGGGUUUUGAGAAACAUAUCUGUGUUCUCUGAGAUUAAGCAAUAUUUCAUUGAGGAGAAUGCCAUUCCUGUGCUUAUUGCCAUUGGGACUUCAGGGACCUUAGUUGCACAAGAAAACGCAAUUGGGUGUCUCAGUAAUCUGGUUUCAGAGGAUGAGAGCUUGAAACUUGUUGUUUCAAAGGAAGGUGGUAUUCAGUGCUUGAAGAGCUUUUGGGAUGGUGCUCCAACGAUUCAAAGCAUUGAGGUUUCGAUUGAGUUAUUGAAAAACUUGGCUUCUUGUAGAUCUAUUGGUGAAGCUCUUGUAUCUGAGGGGUUCCUAGCUAAACUAGUUGGAGUAUUGAGUUGUGGAGUUGCUAGUGUGAGAUUGGCUGCUGCUGGGGCCAUUUGUGAAUUGAGUUUUAGCUCAAAAGCUAGAAAAGAGGUGGGAGAAGUUGGAGUAAUACCUCCAUUAAUUGGUAUGCUGGAAGCCAAGUCUAGCGAGGAAAAGGAAAUGGCUGCACAGGCAUUGGCAAUUCUUAUGCUUUAUGCAGGAAACAGGAAACUCUUCCUCAAGGAAGACAAAGCCUUAGAGUGUACAGUUCAACUUCUUGGUCCUUCAAUAAUUAAUUUUGACAAGAAGUAUUUGAUUUCUGUUUUGAAUUCUAUUGUAAAUUCAAGUAAGUGUAGGAAAGAAAUAGUAGAUUCAGGGGCGUUUGAUCAUUUGCCAAAGCUUAUUGACAUGGAAGUCGAUGGGGCUAAGAAGCUUAACGAAAGCCUUCAUCGAAACAACUCAUGGAGUGUAUUUGCCAGAAGAAGAUGA